AUGGGCCUCUUUGAAAGACUGGAUAGAGUGCUUGUGAGCGAGCCAUGGACUAGGGUCUUUGAGGCUACUCGGGUCACAAAUCUCCCACGGAUCGCAUCGGACCACGGCCCAGUUCUAGCACGGUGCAAGACUCCAAACACCACUAAUGGAGGCAAGGCUUUCAGGUUCCAGAAUAUGUGGAUCCGGCAUGGGGGAUUUAUGGAUGUUGUGCAAAAAGCGUGGGAGGAGCCCACGGGGGCGGGUGGUCUCCUAAACAUCCAAAUCAAACAUGCUAGAGUUAAGAGAGCUCUAAAAGAGUGGAACAAAGAGGUUUUCGGGAACAUCCAUGCUAAUCUCAAGAACAAGGAGGAAGCUAUUGCCCUGGCUCAAUCCAAUUUCGAGGCAAGGCCUACUCCCGCAGCCCUGAGAUGGCUGGCCGAGGGCGACAAGAACACCCGGUUCUAUCAAAGCUGGGUGAAGCAAAAAAGGGUGCGUUUACAUAUUCAUUCGAUUCGUGCGAACGGACAAGAGCUAACUGAGGAAGCGGAAAUAAAGAAAUCAGCAGUGGACUUCUUCCAACAACUUCUCGCGCCUAGCAACCCGCCCCUCGAUGAGCCGGACCUCGACCUAAUCCAGCAAGCCCACACAGUCGAGCAAUUUGCAGAUAUUGCGAAGGCGCCGGAUGCGAACGAGGUCAAGAAUGCUGUCUUUAGUAUCUCCGGAGAUAGUGCACCCGGACCCGAUGGCUUCUCGGCCUGUUUCUACCAAGCCUGCUGGAACAUUGUGGGAUUGGAGCUGGUCAUCUCUCCAAACCAAAGCGUCUUCGUUAAAGGGCGGCUCCUCAAUGAUAAUGCGCUCUUGGCUCAAGAGAUGUUUCAUGAGCUUGCACGAUGCUCCCCAGCGCCAAAUGUAGCGGUGAAGAUUGAUAUGGCUAAAGCCUACGACAGGGUCCAGUGGCCUUUCCUCUUUAAGGUGCUCCGACGCAUGGGUUUCCCGGAUGCAUGGAUCUCGCUUAUGGAGAGGUGUAUAGGCUCGUGUUGGUUCUCGAUUCUUAUCAAUGGGGCACCUUCAGGAUUCUUCAGAUCGACACGGGGACUGCGACAAGGCGACCCGAUAUCCCCUGCGUUGUUUGUGAUUGCUGCAGAGUACCUAUCGCGAGCCCUGGACAAGCUCAUUCUAGGCCAAAAGGAGAUGACCUUCAAAGCCUCCCGGAGAUGCGAACAAGUCAGCCUCCCCAAGAGCAAUUUCUACAUUGCUGACGCACAUGAGCAAUGGGAAAACUCGAUCCAAGAGGAAGGGGGCUUCUCUAGAGGGGACUUCCCGUUCCUCUACUUAGGGGUCCCCAUCUAUCGGGGUGUAAAGCGCACGGACAUGUUCCUCUUCCUCCGAGAAAAGAUUGCAAGACGGAUUUCAGGCUGGGCGCACCGGCACUUAUCUUUUGGAGGGAGGCUCACGCUUAUUAAGAGCACCCUUGAAGCGAUUCCCUUGCAUAUCUUCCAAGCCAUUGAACCCACCGCCGGCACUCUAAAACAUAUUGAUCAACAAAUGGCUCGAUUCUUCUGUGGCUCUACGAGUGAGAGGAAGCGGACCCACUGGAUUGGCUGGGACCAAAUGUGCCUCCCCACUGAUGAAGGGGGGCUCGGGAUCCGUAAAACUAAGGAGGUUCUACGCGCCUUCAACAUUAAACUUUGGUGGCGCUUCCGGGAGCAAAAUUCCCUGUGGGCGAAAUAUAUGAUGGCAAAAUAUUGUUCUAACUCCAUGCCCCUUACCUUGAGAUUGCCGAGCAGGAGUAGCCCGACGUGGAGGAGGCUGUCGAGAGCCUGGACCCUCGCACAACCACACAUUAGGUGGCUGGUGGGACAAGGAAACAUCUAUUUUUGGGACGAUAUCUGGGUCGGCAACGCCCCACUCAAGGAGCUCAGCCUUGAUGAAAGGGGAAGACCAACCACGCGGGUGUCGGAGUUCAUUAGGAAUGGCGUCUGGGAUGUACCUAAGCUCCAACUUCUUCAUGACCAGGCCGGCCUCCCACAACACAUCAUUGAUCGCAUCAUCAAUAUCCCAAUCCUCCAUGGUGAACAGGAUAUCCCGAGGUGGACCCUUUCCAAUCACGGGGAAUUCACGGUGGCCUCGACGUGGGAAACAAUCCGAGGACAACACCCGACCAUUCAGGGGCUGAGUGAUGUUUGGAAGACGGGCCUCACUACCUCCAUUUCCAUCUUUAUCUGGAGGCUACUCUCCAACCGGGUGCCGGUUGACACAAAACUUCAGUGGAGGGAGAUUGAGCUGGCCUCCAAGUGCCAAUGCUGCCCCCAUCGUCCGAAUAUCGAGUCCCUCCAACACCUCUUCAUUCAGGGAUACGGAGCUCGAAGGGUUUGGAGUGAGUUCGACGCAUGGUUCGAUGGCCCUUCCCCUCGCCUCCGAAUCAAUGAUACGAUCCCUACGAGAAUUGAAGUGUGGGCGCGAAGGUGUCAACAGCCGACCAUGAAGCAUCUUAGCCGAGCCACCCCAUACCUCAUAUUGUGGUUCAUAUGGUCGGAGAGAAACAGGAGCCGCCACCAAGGCACACAGUUCAAACCGCACAAUGUGAUUUGGCAGGUCCACAUGUUCACCACUAAUGGAUGUGAACUCACGGACGACAAGGCCAUCAAAGAUUCGGCGGUCGAGUUCUUUCAAAACCUCCUUGCCCCAAGCCAACCGGAGCUCACGGAACCGAACCUUAACCUCUUACACCAACUCCCUCCCUCGGAGCAAUUGGCGGCCCUCCCUAAUCCCCCGGAUGCGGAGGAGGUGAAGCGAGCAGUGUUUGAUAUCUCGGCCAAUAGUGCGCCCGGCCCGGAUGGCUUCUCGGCUUUAUUCUUCCAAUCAAGUUGGGGCAUUGUGGGACCAGAUGUGGUGGCGGCGGUUAGGCAAUUCUUUGGUGGGGCCUUCCUCCCCCGAAGCUUCACGGCCACGAGAGAUGUUUCAUGA